AUGAAAGCUGCAAGGUUUUACGGCCCGCGUGACAUUCGCAUCGUCGACGAUGUCCCUGUCCCAGAGCUAUCGCCAGGCCAAGUCCUCGUUGACGUCGAAUGGUGCGGAAUCUGUGGUUCCGACCUUCACGAAUACCUUGAGACACCUCAUCCACUGACGGGAGAAUCUCUGCCCGUCACGAUGGGUCACGAAUUCUGUGGACGUGUCAGCAAAACCAGUGCCGGCUGUACCUUGCGCCCCGGCCAGGCGGUCAUGGUAGACCCACGGAUGUAUUGCAAGUCGUGCGACCGGUGCGGGGCGUCCCAGACCAAUAUCUGCAGACAGUGGGCGUUCAAAGGCCUGCACGGCCACGGCGGCGGCUUCUCAGAGGCCGUGGCCGUUGACGAGAACAUGUGCCAUGCUCUCCCCGGCUCCGUGCCUCUGUCCGACGCCGCGCUCAUCGAACCCUUGGUCGUCGGAAGACAUGCAUUGAAAUCGUCAGGCAUGGCACGCUUCGACGACCUUAGUGUUCUGGUCAUCGGCGGGGGCCCCGUCGGCCUGGCAGUCAUCUUCAAUCUCCGGGCACAAGGUGCAGAACGGAUAUACGUCUCCGAGCCAACACUACAGCGACAGAAACAAACCGCCGAUUUUGCCGCCGAGGUCUUCAAUCCUUUGCACGACAAGGUCGGGAACAAGUGUCGCCAGCUGACCGACGGCAAGGGAGUCGACCUUGUUUUCGACUGUGCCGGAAUCGGCCCCGGCUUGAAGGACGGAAUGGAUGCCUUGGGGAGCGGAGGCACCUACGUGAAUGUGGCUGGUUGGGAGACGCCGUUUGUCGUGCCAAUGGAGCACUUUAUGCCCAAAGAGCUCAUCUUGAGAGUGGCCAUGUCCUAUACAGAUGCGGAUUUCCGCGAAGUGGUUCAGGACUAUGUGAAUGGCAAGUUCGAGGGGGUGGAAAGAAUGAUCACCAGUCGCAUCGUCCUGGAUGACGUUGUCCAGAAGGGCUUCGAGGAGCUGGUGACGAACAAAGAUGAUCAUGUGAAAAUCAUGGUGACUCCAAAGAGACAGAAUAUCCAUGGCUAG